GAAUCCGGUCUUUCCUCUUCCCCGCGAUCCAAGCAAUCCCCUCAAUCUCUAACCUCUUCUCUUUGCUGCCCCCAAUAAUCCAAUCAGAUUUCUCUGUCUCUGCCUAAGAACAUGGGCAAAUUGUGGACCUUGGUCACCCACCUUCAUUCGCUCGCCGGGCCGGUGGUGACUUUGUUGUACCCCUUGUAUGCGUCCGUGGUGGCCAUAGAGUCGCCGUCGAAGCUGGACGAUCAGCAGUGGCUAUCUUACUGGAUCUUAUACUCCUUCCUCACCCUCACAGAAAUGCUUCUGCAAUCAAUUCUAGAGUGGAUUCCGAUAUGGUACGAUGUGAAGUUGGUGGCGGUGGCGUGGCUGGUGCUGCCGCAGUUCAACGGCGCGGCCUUCCUGUACGAGAGAUUCGUGAGGCAGCAAAUCAGGAGAUACGUGACGCAGAGCCAUCAUCAGCACCAGCAGGCUUCUUCUUCUUCUUCGUCCAUAGCGACACAGAAGAAACAGAAGUCGCCUACUAACGUAAAAGGGAAGAAAAAGUUCGUGGAUUUCAUCCUCCCCAAGAAAGGUGAUCAUGACGUGUAUUGAAGAAUUAAUGAAGACGAAGGCGGAAAUUGCGAGUCUCGUCGUCUUGCUUUCACUUUCCCACCACAUACCUGUUUUUGGAUGUUUCUUCCUAAAGUGCUGUAUCAUAUUCUGUACUAAUACAUAAAAUGAAAUUACCCAUGUGUUACAUCCAAACCCAAUAUACAAGCCCGGCUCACUUGUUUAUGUAUGGACCUGACGGCAUUUACUUGGCCCACUAUCCCCUGUGACCUACAUGUGAAUUAAUGAUUUUUCUCUUUUCAAAUAAAUAAUAAUUUGUUAAGAGGGCAAAA